AUGAAAAAGAAUGGUUUGCAACUUUUUAAAUUGAUAGAUUUUGAUAAUGAGAGCGAGAUACAAUCAUUUUUUAAAAACAAUUUAGAUGUUGUUUCUUCUAGGUUGCAUUUUUUGGCAAAAGAAUGGCCAAUACCUAGUCAUAAAAAAAGUUACAAGCAAGAAGGCAGAAUUGAUGUUUUAGCUUUUUCUCAUAACAAAAAAGGAGUUUGGGAAGAAAUACAACAUCAUUAUGAUAAUGCAUUAAAACAUGGAAUUAUUUUAGUGGAAAUUCAGAAAUAUGAAAACAACGAAAAAGAAAAAAACAUGGCUAUUAUAAUUCCUAAAGAAAAGCUGGCAAAUAAAACUCAAAAAGUACUCUCUCGCUUAUCCGAGUGUGAGCGUGGAAGUGAAAAAGAAACGAAAAUCGAAACUAAUACUCAACAAACAAAUUUAGAACAAUUUUUAGCACAAUACAAAGUUGAUGAACAAAUUAAAGAUUUGGUUAGGGAAAUAAACAGGCAUAUUCUCUCGCUUGACAAACUAAUAACUGGAAAAAGAGCCGGAAAAGCAAAAGAUAACCUUGAAUUAUUAAAAGAAUUAGACCAGUGUUGCGGAAAAGAAAGAGUUUUAGCUGAUACUUGGGAAGAUAAAGAGGAUAAUCAAGUUUGCCUUACUUAUUCUUGUAGUAGUUGCGGGAGUUAUAUCUCUUCUUUGGAGGAAAAAGAAAAACCAAUGAUACUUACUGAAAAACAAUAUAAAAAAUUGAAUAGGCUAAGCUGGGAAAUACAAGGCAAAACUUAUGAGAUAGAAAGCUUGUUGGAAGAAUUAAAAGGGAGCGAAGAAGAAAGAAUGGAAGAUUAUUGUGAUCCAUGCAAAGGAAAUGGUGGAGAACAUGCUGAAGAAACAAAACGCUUUUUAGAGUAUUUAAUGGAUAAUUUAGAAGCAGAAGAGAAAGAAGUUAUAAAGCAGCAGGAAUUAAAGAUUAAAGGAAAAUAUUAUGCGGUAAGUGGAAUAAGUCCUUUUUCUGAUGAAUUUGGCGCAACUUAUUAUAUUAAUGAGAAAUUACUUAAUAAAGUAAAAAAUCAUGGAGCAGAACUAACUGCAAACGAAGAAGAAGAAUAUGAUGAUCCUGAAAUAAUAAACUUUGACAACA